UUUUUUUUUCAAAGACUCUUCUUUUACAAGAAUGAAGUUCGGCUCUUAUAGCCCUGUUACAUUGUCUAUUUUUGUUACUGUGUCUCUUUUGCGUGUUCUUCCUUCUUGCAGGUAUUUGACAUUUGAUGGAGCAGGUGAGGGAGUUGGUGGCGCGACGUCAGAGGCGAUGCUGGCACGGUAGAGGCUAGGGCGGCGGCAGAGGCUAAGGUAGCUUCAUUCCAGUCCACUGGAGCUUGUGUUGCUUCGAUCCACUCCACUGCACUUCAGAGAGAUCUGACUUGUAGCUUCAAUCUUCUUCACAGCAACUUCAGGGGGACGAGAUUCAUGGUUUUAGUCUAUUCCACUGCAACAUCAGGGAGAUAAGACCUGCUAUAAUAUAUUUAAUCUGACCUACUGCAGCUUCAGAGGUAUAGGAUUUAUCAUUUUAAUCCGCUCCACUGCAACUUCAGGGAGAUAGGAUUAGUAGCUUCAGUCUGCUCCAUGGCAACUUCAGAAAGAUAAGAUCUGUGGCUCUUCGAGGAAACAUUUGCUAUCUUUAGUCUGCUAUACUGCAACUUUAGUGAGAUAAGACUUGUUAUGGUGUAAUCCACUCUACUGCAACUUCAGAGAGAUAAGAUCUGUGGCUCUUCGAGAAAACAUUUACUAUCUUCAGUCUGCUACACUGCAACCUCAGUGAGAUAAGACUUGUAGCUUCAACUUGUUUUACUGCAACUUCAGGGAAAUAGGAUUUGUGGCUUAAAUUUGCUUCCUUACUCUUGAAGAUAAGAUUUGUCGUCAUUGAUCUGCUCUGCUACUGCUUAGGGAGACAAGAUCUGUAAUUUCCAACUUAUUCCACUGCUGACCAGGGAAAUAGGACUUGUGGCUUAAAUCUGCUUCAUUACUCUUGAAGAUAAGAUUUGCCGUCUUCGAUCUGCUCCGUUACUACUUAGGGAGACAAGAUCUGUAAUUUCCAACCUACUCCACUGCUGACCAGGGAGAUAGGAUUUGUGGCUUAAAUCUGCUUCCUUACUCUUGAAGAUAAGAUUUUCCAUCUUCGAUCUGCUCCGCUACUACUUAAGGAGACAAGAUCUGUAAUUUCCAACCUACUCCACUACUGACCAGGGAGAUAGGAUUUGUAACUUCGAUCUGCUUCGCCGUUAAUGCAGGAAGGCAAGAUCUGUUGUCUUCAACCAGCUCCGUUACAACCGAGAGGCAAGGUUUAUGUCUUCGAUCUGCUUCGCUGUCAAUACAGGAAGGCAAGAUUUGUUGUCUUCAACCAGCUCCGCUACAACCGAGAGAGGCAAGGUUUGUGUUUUCGAUCUGCUUUGCUAUCAAUGUAGGAAGGCAAGAUCUGUUGUCUUCAACCAGCUCCGCUACAACCGAGAGAGACAAGGUUUGUAUCUUCGAUCUGCUUCGCUGUCAAUGCAGGAAGGCAAGAUCUGUUGUCUUCAACCAGCUCCGCUACAACCGAGAGAGGCAAGGUUUGUGUCUUCGAUCUGCUUCGCUGUCAAUGCAGGAAAGCAAGAUCUGUUGUCUUCAACCAGCUCCGCUACAACCGAGAGAGGUAAGGUUUGUGUCUUCGAUCUGCUUCACUGUCAAUGUAGGAAGGCAAGAUCUGUUGUCUUCAACCAGCUCCGCUACAACCGAGAGAGGAAAGGUUUGUGUCUUCGAUCUGCUUCGCUGUCAAUGCAGGAAGGCAAGAUUUGUUGUCUUCAACCAGCUCCGAUACAACUGAGAGAAGUAAGGUUUCUGUCUUCGAUCUGCUUCGCUGUCAAUGCAGGAAGACAAGAUCUGUUGUCUUCAACCAGCUCUGCUACAACCGAGAGAGGCAAGGUUUGUGUCUUUGAUCUGCUUCGCUGUCAAUGCAGGAAGGCAAGAUCUGUUGUCUUCAACCAACUCCGCUACAACCGAGACAGGCAAGGUUUGUGGGUUCGAUCUGUUUCGUUGUCAAUGCAGGAAGGCAAGAUUUGUUGUCUUCAACCAGCUCCGCUACAACCGAGAGAGGCAAGGUUUGUGUCUUCGAUCUACUUCGCUGUCAAUGCAGGAAGGCAAGAUCUAUUGUCUUCAACCAGCUUCACUACAACCGAGGGAGGCAAGGCUUGUGUCUUCGAUCCGCUUCGCUGUCGAUUCAGGAAGACAAGAUCUGUUGUCAUCAACCAGCUCCACUACAACCGAGAGAGGCAAGUUUUGUGUCUUCGAUUCGUUUCGAUGUCGAUUCAAGAAGGCAAGAUCUGUUGUCAUCAACCAGCUCCACUACAACCGAGAGAGGUAAGGUUUGUGUCUUUGAUCUGCUUCGCUGUCAAUGCAGGAAGGCAAGAUCUGUUGUCUUCAACCAGCUCCGCUACAACCGAGAGAGGUAAGGUUUGUGUCUUCGAUCUGCUUUGCUGUCAAUGCAGGAAGGCAAGAUUUGUUGUCUUCAACCAGCUCCGCUACAACCGAGAGAGGCAAGGUUUGUGUCUUCGAUCUGCUUCGCUGUCAAUGCAGGAAGGCAAGAUCUGUUAUCUUCAACCAGCUCCGCUACAACCGAGAGAGGCAAGGUUUGUGUCUUCGAUCUGCUUCGCUGUCAAUGCAGGAAGGCAAGAUCUGUUGUCUUCAACCAGCUCCGCUACAACCGAAAGAGACAAGGUAUUUGACGUUUGAUGGAGUAGGUGAGGGAGUUGGUGGCGCGGCGUCAGAGGCAAUGCUAGCACGGUAGAGGCUAGGGCGGCGACAGAGGCUAGGGUUAGAGGCUAGGGUUUCUUUGUUUCUUUCUUUUUUUUUGUUUUUGGGUUUGGGCUAGGUUUUUCUUUAUUUGGGCUUGUUUUUAAUUUGGGUUAUUGGGUCUGCUGUUUGGGGUUUGGGUAUUGGGUAGGUUUGGGCAUUUGGGCCUUGUAAUUGGGCCUGCCUAGGCCCAGGGCGAAAUUGGGCUGUACAGCGUAAGUAGAAAAUCAUGAUCUUAAAUCAGUAGACUGUGAGACUCUUAAAAUCCCGUAAGUAAAUGAUCGUCAUCGUAAAUCAACAAUCCAUGAGAUUCAUAAAAUCCAAAAAAUAAAAUGUUGUAAUUGUAAAUCAACUAAAACUUUUAAGAAAGUUCAUUGUUUUUCUGAGUA